ACAUUUGAAAAUAUUGGAAACCUAUUCGUGAGUUUGGAGCCAGGGCCUCUCCUAGAUACCAUUGACAACUUGUUUGAUGGAUUGGUCAAAGGAAUCAGAGCUCAUCCAUUGAACAUUCCUGGAUCUGCUUAUCACCAUGCCCGUCAGUGUAGGAAGAAGCUUGAAGACAUUUUCAGGGUGGAGCUAGAGAAGAAAAAAACCCAAAAGGAAGGAGUGACAAAUGAUCUAAUGGAUGGGCUUAUGCAAAUUAAGGACGAUGAAGGCAAUAGAUUAAAUGACCAAGAGGUGUUAGAUAACAUUGUCAGCAUUGUUAUUGCUGGAUAUUCAUCCACUUCCCUCUCAAAAAUGUGGGCUUUAUAUUAUCUCGCCAAAUACCCUAAUGUCCUCCAAAAGCUUCGGGAAGAGAAUAUGGUUGUAAGUAAGAACAAGACUGGGGAGUUCAUUACAAGUGACGAUGUUUCGAAAAUGAAAUACACAAACAAGGUGGUGGAAGAAACAAUAAGAUUGGCCAACAUUGCAGCAUUUGUUUUCCGUUUGACUACUAAAGAAGCCGAGUAUAAAGGUUAUAGAAUACCUAAGGAUUGGAGAGUAAUUGUUUGGAUUCGUUAUCUCCAUACAAAUCCGGAGAAUUUUGAUGAUCCCAUGUGCUUUAACCCAGAUAGAUGGAAUGAACCAUCAAAGCCUGGAACGUACCAAGUUUUUGGUGGUGGGUCAAGAAUUUGUGCAGGAAACAUGCUUGUUAGGAUACAACUUGCAACCUUCUUACAUCAUUUGUCUAUCGGAUACAAGUGGAAAUUGCUCAAUCCGGAUGCUGAGAUGAUUUAUCUUUCACAUCCAUCACCAGUUGAUAAGGUUGAGAUCGCGUUCAGCAAAUUAUAG